AUGAGGUUUGUUUAGAUAAUCUUUAAAGGAAAAUAAGUUUUCUGUACUUGACGACUUUCAAUGGUGAUAUUUAAGAGUCUAUUUUGAAAGUCGAGCAAUUUCUUUCCCUACAGUAUCUCUUGAAUUUUUCAUCUUUGAAGUUUCAAACUUCAAAAAACAUCAUCAAAACGAGAUUUUUUCAUCACAACACCAAGAAAAUUUAUUACCGUCGCGUUUUCCAUCCAAAUGAGUCAUUAAAAACAGGUAUUCUUGACCGUAAAGAUUUUAGAGAUAAAACUUUAGGAUUACUGUAAUUGAAUGUUAAAAAUUUUGGUGACAUGUGGUUUUUUGUCUGAGAUAAACAGGUGGUAUCAAAGAGCACGAAAUACCUGAAAUUAUACAGGUUUUGGUGAAGAACGAGGAAGUGACGGAUUUGAUCAUCAUUUGGAUUUUGGUCCGGUUCAGUGUUCAUUUUUCUGGAAAUAAUGAGCGAAACUCAUCGUUUUCUAAAUAAAAAGUUUGUAGUAUUUUUAUUUUAAAUCCUGUUGAAAAUGAAAAAAAAUUUCUGAAUCUAGUGACAAUAAUUUUUUAUGGAAACUUAUCCGAAUUUUACACAGAAUUAUCCCUCUGAAAAGUCCCGUUUUUCCAUGAAAACUGACUAAAUAUAGAGUCUCAAACCAAUUUUUACUGAAGAGACUGAAGAAACUUUUCUAAUGGUCUUAACACGUCGAGCGGAGCCCUUUGAGGGUUCUGAAGUGAUUUUUUCGAGAAGUUUUCAACUAAUUUUUUUUUGAAAAAAAUUUCUCGUUAUAACGCUCAAAAUCCUCUCUUACCGUACCCGGCUUUUCCUUGGAUCAAACCAAAAAUAUCCCAACACCAAAAAGUGCAGCAAAAGUGCAAGUUCCAUUAGUUCGUUUCCCAUGCUCACGAGCUACAAAAGGAAACUGAAAUUAUGCAAUUAUACAUAAUUUUCCCGUUUGAAAGUACAAUCUUUUCCGAAACUCUCAAGUUUCACACGGGCGGCGGCACGUGUGUGCUAAUGUUUGUGUGGCGCCACUCUUCAAAAGUUUUUUUCGACCCGUUUUUUUGCUGCCGAGAAAACUUUCCAUCGAGUUCUGAACGACAGGACGAACUUUGUGCACACUGACGCAGUGAGAUCAUUGAGCGGUCGACCGCUUUGCUCAGAAUCAAUAUUAGUUCAAAGUUUUCCAGGUAAAUAGGCACGUUUCGGGGUCCAUUUCAAACUUUAAAAUUCGGAAAAACUCUUAAAAUGAAUUCAUGACUCAAUUUAUGCGCAAAAUCCUUACUGAGGCGGUUUGAAGAAGAGUAAAAAGUCUUAUCAAAGUCUUCAGGCAAAAAAAAAAAUAGCUUGAAGCUUUUUUUGAAAACGGAAACUUUUCAAACUUUUCGAGAAGAAAAGGUGAUUUUGCUCCGAUUUUAGGAGUGCUCUAGGUUAUCAUGCCUCAAAUUGCAAAAAAACCGUGCCCACCAUGCAUUUCAUUCAGUUUCGCUCCGUUUUGAGCUGGGUUUGUCGUCGAAUUUCCAAAGAUUAGUAAAAAAACAUUGUUGAAAGGAGUUUUUUUCGAAAAUCAAUUUCUCUCAGUUUUUAGAUCACAUCAAAUUAUCAAACUUUCUACUAGAAAAGAUGGCUCUUUCAAAAAGAAUGUUUUUAUUUAAAAAAAUUUUUUUGUGAAGUGGAAAAAAAUCGCUCCAAACUUCCUACAUAUCUUUCUUUCUCCCAGAAACUUUCAAAUGUCAAAAGUUCCAAAGAUCCGCAACCCGACCCAUUAUUUAUGCAUGGCUGCAUGCAAAACAUACAUUAGGCCGCGGAGAAAAACUUCCUGGCUCCAACGAGAAGUUUGAACUUUCGGAAAGGGCUCAGAAAAGCUUUCGGGAUGAGAUAAACACCUGUCGGGCCGACUUUUCAAGUGCAAUCACUGCAACUUUGUUUCAUUGCAUUCUUUUGCGUGCGAAACGGAACAAUCCACUUGUUUUGUUUGUUUUUUUUUUUUUGUUUUUGGAGCAUUUCCGAUCCAACUAGAGUCUAGUAAUGAACUUGGGCGUCAAUUUGAGCAAAUUAUAUGAUAUAAUAGAAAUGUGUCAGACAAAAUGUGACGAAUUUCAAUAAAGUGAUCCGAAAGUUCAAAAAACGCUCUGAAAGUUCAUAUCUCUGCAAAAAAAUAUACUUACUAAACUUUUUUUCAUAAAUUCAAAAAAUGACUUUUGAUGAUAUUAAACUCACGUUUGCUGAUGAUUGCUCAUGUUACAGACAUUUUUGUAACUUGUUUGCAAUUUAUCCAUCAAGUUGAAUAAGUAAAUCAGUUGAUUAUUUUCAGUGAAGUGGUCGCAACGCUGCCCCAGGGCACACAGGUCGUCGUCCAGGCCAACCUCCUGACUUCCGACGUCGACCACGCCAUCGAGGAAGUCCGACAGGAGGCCAACCCGACUACCAGCUCGGUGAGCAGAUGAGUUGUGACAGUGCAAAGGGCAAAGGGCAAUGAAUGGAGUGUCGAGUUGAGUUGUAACUUCGUUGUGAAUCUGGAAAAAUAUACGUCUUGAAAAGGUCUUGGAAGGUCUGGGCUUUUGAAAAACCUUAAUUUGCAUGGAGAUACGAAAAGGUUCUUGAACCUCGUCUAUUAGAAAAAAAGACUUUGAAGACCUCAAAAACGAAUUUAAGCUUUCAAAAGUUCAGAUAAGCUCUAAAUUUUACGUAACACAUAGGUCUGUCAAAGCGCAGCCAGAAAAAAAAUUAUGAAAUCUGAUUUGUCAAAUUUUUGGCCUUCCAAUCGAUAACGAUAUUGGACGACGAAUAAUCCAAACGGCCAAGGCCAAGACAACCUAAAAACCCGUCGACUGAAUCAGGCGCCGGCCCCACAUCAUCCCUUCCACAAUCACGCGAAUUAUCUUUAUCUAUCAGACGAUUACGGUAGCCGCUGGGGCAACCUUCAAAAGUCACGUUUUGAUAUGUUCUAUAGUUUCCAGAGCAAAAUACUCUCCCACUGAAAUGCCAAAUUUUUCAAUUACUGCAAAAAGAUCAAAUAUUUGACUUGUUCACGUGAAGCCGACGUGCCAUGUCGUGUUGGACAAACUGUUUGUUGAAAGUUUUGGAAAAAAAAGGGUUUUUUUUUGGUCAUGACGUUUAUAGUUACUACGAAAAGCGAGCAUGUUUACCGAACGGAAAAUUUGUAGAAUAGAUUGGGGAGAUGUUGAGGUUGCCUAUGAAAUCAAUGUGAACCUUCCAAAUCGCCUUUUUUCAUCCCUGUUCCGACAAAAAACCAAAAGAAAACCUCAUUUUCAAAGCAACUUUGAAGGCCGAGUUCUCAGAAAAAUGAUCCACAAGAAAACCUAUAUUGAGAUCAAAAAUCGAUUAUUGAACUGCAAGUUACAGGGAGGAGUCGCUCGUUCGAACCGGACGCUAUUCUGCCGCAAAUGUGAAGGCCACGGGGUUCAGGUCGUGCUCAAAGGCCAUGCCAGUCGAUGCCCCUUCAAUAAUUGCUCUUGCAAAACGGUUGGUUCAAGGAUCAAGUAAAAAGUAACGAGAAACGAGGAGAGAAAUAAAACGGGAAAAUUUGACUUAGAAAGGCUCAAAUUGCCAUCUGUGCAGUGGAGCGCACAAGUUGAAACAUUAGGCGGCUAUUUUUGCAAUAAACAUGAUUUAGCGAUUUUUACUCUGAUAUUGAACCUCUGAAAAAUUUUAUUAAUAGAUGAAUUUCCGAUUUACAGUGCAAUAACGUGAUGGCGAUGCGCGCCAACGCGAUUAUCCGACGAUAUCGCAGCCGAACUCUCGACGGGGGCCUCGUUCUGAAGCCGGUGCAUUUUCGGAAUGGAAACACCCGGCUCAGGGUUUUCCCCAAGUUUGUUGAUGGUGAGUGGAAAGGAUAAUGUGGGAGAGUUGAGUCAAAAAUUAAAAUAAUGAAAAAAGCUUGGAAGGAGCUUAAAAGAAAAUAAGAAACUUGAAGAUUUUGGAGCGUCAUAACCUGACUAUCGCGCAAAAGUUAAAAAUUAAAUUCAUCGGAAAAGCCUGACAACUUUAUUGCCUGAGUUUCUGAAGCCUAUUUUAGUCAUAUUUCUCAAAAAAAAAGUUGCCUUCCGUAAAGAAAAAAACGCCUAAGAAAUGCAUCAAUACAUUGCGCAUUCAGAAACAGAUGCGCUACCGAUCCCGAUGCAAAAUCUGCCAUCAGUCCGCGAAAUCCACCCAUCCGGCGAGACGAUCGAAAUGACGACACGAAACCAGGUCGUUCCCCAGACGCCGCCGGCCAACGGCAACGGAAACGCACCGUAUCCGGUCCGACGCAGCGUUUCUGAGGUAGCAGCCUGACGAUGAAACGCUGCACGUUGACGCAAAACCGCAGACAAAUUAAUUGACGGUGCAAAUUUAGGAGAUCGAGUCGCAGAAUCAGAGGAACGACAAUCGGCAGAACGAUGCGGCCAAUGGGAACAUGCCACUGGACGAGCUGAAGACCCAGUUCAACCUCUUGGAUUUGUUGCUGAGUGAGUUUGAGGGGGUGGGAAAAAUUCCGAAAUUGAGGAAGUUUCUGAAGAAAAAUUGAAGAAUCCUAAGUUUCAUUUCUUCCGACUUUUUGAAUUUAACAUCAUUGCAGACCCUCAACUGGCACAGAACGGCGCUGCAGAUCUUCUCGCUCAAGGACUCUUGCCGUUCACCUCGUCGAACAUGCCGGUGAUGCCGCCGAUGACCAACUACGACGCUCAGUCGCUUCUGGCCUCUUUGUCGCUGCCUUCGUCGUCGUUGACCUACUCCUCGCCAACGACCUACGCGUCCUCGUUCAUCUCCUCGCCCAUCUUCACCGACAACAACAAUCGCAAAGUUCGUCGGUUUUCAUGAUGAUGAGGAAAACGGAGAAGUUCUUGACUAGUUUAAAGGUCGAUAAUUUUGAAUGGAUAUGGAAGACAAUAGUUUUUAAAUUUAGCGGUUCAGUUCUCGUCUUUUUGGAACUUCCUUUUUAAAAAGCGAAGCUGCAUCUUUGAAAUAAUUGAAAGAUAGUUCGAUAACAUAUUUCUUGAGUUUUCAAGAGCGCUAUGGUCCUGCAGCGAUUAGAAUAAAAAAAGCUGCACCCCUGAGAAUUUAUGAACUUGCAGCUGACAUAUGAAUCUUUAUCAGUUCCGAAGACCCAUUCUGAAAAAGUUCAGAAAGAAUAAUAAGAUGUUUUUUUCCAGAUCUCGGAGCCCAACUUGGCGUGUCCGACGGCGGCUCUCAGCGAACUCAACCUUGGCGUUUCUACCAACAGCCCAGUUCAAACCAUGGCCGACAUCAAGUUCAAUCCCAACACUUUCAAUGGUGAGUUGAUAGAAAAGCAAAUUAUCCAGACCUGAAUAAUAAAAGUAUGGUUACAAAUUAUUAAGGCCAAAGUUUGCUUACGUGAAAAGUUCUUUCAACUAGGUUUUUGGAAUUCACUAUGAAAUUGCUGUAGGAUUUUCGUUUAACGGCAAUUGAGAGAUCAAAAAAAGGUACCUGUGACCUUUUGAAAUCCUUUUUCCCAGAGCUCCUUUUUAGAUCCUUCUGGAUUUUGCCAGUGAAGAUAGAAGGGUUCACCUUGCUGGAGAUCUUUUGAAACUACCCACCAGAAAUUCCAUAGAUCUCUCAUAUUUCAUCCAAUAUGCGCUGAUAUCAACCGAAAAACUCUCUUCGUCCACUUGGAAAAAUUGCUUUCUGACAUUUAGCCGAAUCCAAUUUUCGAAAACACUUCCGCUUCUCAAAAAAAGGCUGAAAACACCUGCUCGUUUCCAUUUCGCUAAUACAUAAUGUACUUUGGUUUUUUGAAACACAGCAGCUGGGAAAUUAAUUCAAGGUUAGUGACUCUGGGGAACGCUUUAUGGGAUUAGAAAUAGUUGAAAAAGAUUUUUUUUUCGUUUUUUUUUUUCGCGAAAUUGAGCCGCGUAAUUCAAGUAGUUGGGUGAAUUUGUGCUCUAGAAAUACAAAAAAAAGAUUAGAAUUUAUUUUUUUGGGAAAAUUACAAUGCGAUAGAUCAAAGGUAGCUUGAAGAGACGCCAGAGAAACUGAAAGUCUCUCUUUCUCUCGUCUCUCUUCUGGCUACUAUUGAUCUCGUACAUCUUGAAAUUUAUUCAUUUUUACUUUACAGAUAUUUUUUUUCAUAGAAUCAGCGUUGAAUUUUCAAAAAACGCAGAACAAACUAUCUUAAGUCUCGUCUCAAAAUCUUCAAAAAAAAUGUCCUUUUUUUUUAAAGAGACUUUAACUAAUGAAUAAUGAACUAUUAUACCCUGUGUCGAUGAUUUCUAGAAAAUUUAAUAGAUGGCUUUUUCAGGAACUUACUCGAGCCCGCCUACGACCACGGAAAACGGCAACGACACUGAGAACUUCAAUGAGCAGAUCGACGAGAUUGAGCCGAAAAUUGAACAGCCUGAGCCAUUCACCUCGAGUCUGAUGAUCGCCCCGGGAGCCGACCGAUCUCAUCCGCUCUUCAAACAGUUCCUCAACACUGUCCGGGAGCUCGAGAAAAACAUGCUCUUCAGCUCUUGA